CAGGAGGACCAGGAGAAUCAGUGUGGAGCCCCAGAAUCCCCAGGGCUCAGCCUGGGCGCGUCUAGAGUGUCGCAACUGCCAAGAGGGAAGUGACUCAUUCACCUGAGAAUGUAGUGCCCUCCUUCCCCGUCCACCCCUUUCCUCUCACUUCUCCCGGCAGAUCCUCCUCCUAGCAGGCUCCACAGUGCUGGUGGCUCUCCACUUCUUGAAGGGACCCAGCAGGCUGGGCUCUAUUGUGCUGGAUGCUCCAUGGCCCUAAGGAUCUCAGACUUCAUGUGCCAAAACCAGCUGGAGUCUGUCCUGCUCCCUAUUUCAUUCACUGCUGAUACAUAAACAUGGAUCCCAACAGCAAGAUCUCCCGCCGCACGGGGUUGUCCCAGCAGUGAUCACAGUAAGCAGCAAAAGCUGUGCCCAACUUUCUGCAGCUGUCAAAUACCUACCAGGAAAUGUCACUGCUCACUGUCCCAAGAGGAACUCUCAGCAGCUUGGGUAGAUGGAUCUCCCCGCUGAGCAACGCCAGCUCCCUGGACGCAUUCCAGCACACUUGAUAAUAAGUGACACUGCAGUUACGGUGCUGUUGCUCCCAUUCUGGUGUCCUGCUCUUGAGAGCUGUCUGGGCAGAGACAUUUUGGCCCCAGGUCAGAAAAAAAAAUAUCUGGAAGAGGACCAAGGACUCUAAAUAAGACAUCCAUCAUUGCUCUACUUCAGCUGAAAAUGGACAUAUCACACUGAAUCCGUUCGCCUGUGGCAAGAAGAAAAACUGUAACAGGAAAUUCUGCACCAGAAGCACGAGUUCAACAGCACCAUGUCUGGAGAGGGCAAAGGAGGUGCUGAAGACAUCUCAUGCCACAUAGACUCUGAGUUUCGCUACACCCUCUUCACUGUUUUCUACAGCAUCAUUUUCAUUCUGGGCUUUGUCGCCAACUGCUAUGUGCUCUGGAUUUUCAGCCGUAUUUACCCCACCAAGAAACUCAAUGAAAUCAAGAUAUUCAUGGUGAACCUGACAGUAGCUGACCUACUCUUCUUGGUUACGAUGCCCCUAUGGAUUGUUUACUAUCACCACCAUGGAGACUGGAUCAUGCCUGGGUUCCUCUGUAGUGUGGCUGGCUGUUUGUUCUUUGUUAACACCUACUCUUCUGUUGCCUUCCUGAUGGUCAUUACAUAUAACCGUUACCAAGCUGUGACUAAUCCCAUUAAGGCUGCUCAGUUUACCACCCAGAGAAGGGGCAUCUACUUGUCAGCAGCUAUCUGGAUCAUAACAGUGGGUAGCUCUUUGUAUUAUCUUUUUGAUGAUAAUACUAAUGAGGAGAAAAUCGGCUCAGUGAAUUUUACCCGGUGCUUUGAGUAUUACAGUAACUCUGCUAGCAGUGUUCCAGCUGUUCUCGCCAUUCAUGUGAUCAUCUGCGUUCUUUUCUAUAUAAUUUUCCUGUUUAUCUUAGGCUGGAACAUCAUCAUUAUCAAGACCCUCUUCUCUAAGUCAAUGCAGCAGCGGAAGAGCACUCACGUCAAGCAAAGGGCACUCUGGAUGGUUUGCACAGUGCUGGCUGUGUUCAUCAUAAGCUUUGUACCUCAUCACAUUGUGGACCUGCCUUGGACGCUCACUGUUCUGGAACAGUGGCAGAAGGACAAUUGUUUGUUGCGCCAACAACUCAAUGAUGCUCACCAGGUGACUUUGUGCCUCUUGAGUAUGAACUGUGUGUUGGACCCAGUCAUCUACUGCUUUCUCACCAAAAAGUUCCAGAAGCAUCUUUCAGAAAACCUGAAAAGCAUGAAAGGUAGUCGUAAGUGCUCCAGGCAAACCACGGACACAAUGAUUGACACCAUUCAUCAGGAGGAUGCCAUGAGGAUCUAGCACAGUCCCGUUCUGAUUGAAGAGACUGGGAUAUAUGAAUCAGUCACCUAUCUUUUCUCAAGAGGCUGCAGUGAGGAAUGCAAUAGAGGACGAGGAUCUUACAUUUCCUUGUUUCCAUUAGAAAGAACACUCUUUUCUUUGAUUAGAUGCAACUGGCAGAACUGGAACCUGUCAUAGGCUGGCAUGAAAGUACUUUCUAUCUUGGCUGGUGUUCUCUGAGCACUGAGAACAGCUCAGUCUGCUUUUAUGUGAAAGAAAUCUGGCAUUGAGUCUUCUCAGUGAAUGACUAAAAGCUGAAAGCACCGAAAAUAUCCAUUGUGUCAGCCGAGAUGGGACUGUCCCUGGUCCUUUGCCUUCCCAGCUCCCAUGAGGAAUCUGAUUGCAGAGGUGUAAGAAAUUCCUAAAAGACCUGGAGGGACAGAAUGAGCUGCUAACAUCAUCAAGUUACUUUUCUGAGUAGCUUGUAUGGUUCUGUGAAGAGAGCUUUUGCUGAGUAAGUGUUAGAAUGGCUAGAAGGGACCUAGUCCAAGGAGUUCCUCAUGAUGCCAUCAUGAUGGCAUCUCUGACUCCUUCUUUGUGUGACCUGCUGGGGUCCAUAUUUGACAGAUGCCUGGGAAUAGCUAUUAUGAAAUUUUGUGUUUGCUCUCAGCUCUUGAAUCAGUCAAGUAACUGGAUUAGGAGGCAAGAAAAGGAAGAGAAAUUGGCAGUGCCUGUGGAAGUUCUGCCUCAGCCCCUAUCCCCAAAUAAGCAUUAUGUGCUUACUGACUUCCUGAAUGAUGGCAAAAAGGGCCUCCUGGAUUCAGAAAUUCAAUUCAGAAAUUCAGAAAUUUUUAGCUGACUGCCUGUAUCAGUGUAGAUCCAAUCUCACUUUGCAGUCUCCAGAUAAUGGGAUUCUUGUCUGCAUGGGCAGACAUUAAGAAGAAAUAAAUUUGAAAUGCUUCAAUAUCUUGCUUCUUACUUAUUUAAACUCAGGUUAUAAAAAGAAUCUAAACAUUAUUUCCUUCCUGCAUCCACUUUAUUUCUGCUAUGAAGAAAUGAAGCUGACUAGUUCUUGAUAUCCUACCACAAAUGAAGUAUUACUUAUGGGCAGCUUUCUGAGUAAGUCUGUCCUGCCACAGUAGUACAGUACAAGUUGCAGAUGUGUAAUUAACACAUUCAAACAAGACUUGGGACUCCUUGCUUAGGGCUGGUUGCAAUCAGUAGGGCCCAGGGCAAAGUAGUUUUCCAGGAGCGCUGACUUUUGUUACAAAUCAUGCAACACUUGAGGUUCCUUUUCUCACCCAAUUGCUCAAUCCAACUCGGGAAAUAGGGCAGGGAAGGGCACUUUCUUGUUUAUACAACAGUUUUUGGUUCCUCAAACUACAUACAAGAGUCUAGUUGAUGACAGGAAAAGCACAUCUGCUGUGGUGGCACUUAUUUAUAUGCAUGAACAGCAGCCUUCCUACAGGUCUUUCAGAUGUAUCCCCUGAAGAUCCUUUUACGCUUGAGUGUGAGAAUGAGCAAAAGAAUUAAGAAAUUGCUUUUUCUAAUGCCGUGUGCCGGGGUCAGUCAAGCACUCCAGGCCCAGUGCCAGGCAGAAGAGAGUCUGAUCAUAAUGAAAACACAUUUACCUCCUCAUCCUGAACUCUGCUUCUGUAACGGACACCCAUAAAGCCCACCUGAAGGAAUCUCCUAGCAGAGAGAGAUUUCCCUAUGUGGAACAUGCAAGGCACAGUCAUGCUCAAAACAUUGCCCCGAAUCUGCAGUCCUCUGAACCACAGUGCCCAGCAAGGGUGGCAGUUUCUAUAACUUAAAAGCCUGGAGCCCACUUGCUGGAGGAAUUUGCUUUUGCAAGCAGAGCAGGUCCUGCCGCUGGCAGACAGGGUAGAACUCUUCCCUUUCCCCCCCCCCCCCCCACUAUCUGGGGCAAUAGCAGAGCUCUCUGGCUUCAGAGCACGUUAAGGCUGGAGUUUGGCAGCUUAGAGGAAAUGGAAUUAUUUUAUGUGGAGAUUUGAUAAGAGCAUGCUAUUCUUCUGCUGGCAACAGCACUUACAGUUUGGGCUAUUCAUUGUAGGUAAAUAAUAUGCUUUACUCCACACAACACAGUUGUGUGUGGCCAUUGUGGGCUCAGAGAAGAAAUGUGAACUUCUUGCAUCUAAGGGAAAGGGUAAAUGGAGGAAAAGCCCCUGAGGGAUACUACAGAAUAUACUGAAGUACUUAAGUUAGUAACAAUUUAUUUGUAAAAACAACCCUGAGCUUCUAUUUCUGUUCCUGAAAUGACUUUUAGUUUUACAGGGGAAGCAGUGUUGUGUUAAACUGCUGUACUUUGCAAUAACAUGUAUCUUCAAAAAUUGUUUUAAAUAAACCUU